UUUAAGUUAAAAAAUUAAAAUUUAGAUUAAAAUUAUAUUUAAAUUAAAAUUCAUGUAAAGUAGCCUUUUUAAAAUGUGCACUAGUUUAAUUAGUGUGGAAUCAUUCAAAAGAUCGAAUUCCCUAGUGGCUUAGCCAAUCAGAUUUAACAAAAAUUUAUAGCGUUUUGCGGGUCUCGUCUCGCAUCUCGCAACUUCCCGUGCCAGGAAUUUUAUCGAUCACAUGUGACUUAUGUCUAACCUCUCACGACGUGCAUAAAUUUAAUUUAAUAUUGAAGAAAAUGGGGCAGAAAAAAGCCUCGAAGAGAAAAAAUAUUAAUCCAAAAGUGGAAGAUGAAAAUGAAAAAGAUGAACAUGUUCCAGAUAACGCGAAGAACUCGGAUAUAGAAAAUUUGAUAGUGACUCAAAUUAAUGUUGACGAAGAUGCUACAGAUGAAGAAGUAGGAGAAGAUGCGAUUAUAUCAAGUUCAGAUGAAGAAAAAGACUUGGUUGUAUUCGAUUCAGAUGAGGACGAAACUUCAGAUUAUUCGGAAGACACUGGAUCAGAAAACAGUAAUUGUGAAGAAACACAGGAAGAUUUACUGACCAAAUCAAAUGAUGAACAAUUAAGGAAUAAGAGUAAAAGCAAAGAAUCUUUAAUAUUUAAAGGCAAGACAUUAAUAAAAAAAAAUUUAGAAGAAGACGCGAUUAUAUCAAGUUCUGAUGAAAUAGAUGAUUUGGAAGAUGCUGGAUCAGAAAGCAGUUAUAAUGAAGAGGUACAAGAAAAUUUGUCAACCAAAUUGAAAAAUGCCAAAUUAAAGGAAAAGAAUAAAAGCAAAGAGUUUUCAACAUUUAAAGCUAAAACGUCAACAAAAGAAAUUACACAAACGAAUAAAUUAAAAACCAACAAAAAUCGCAGAGAUUCUAAGCAUAAUAAUUACAGAAAUUCUGAAGCACAGACAAGUAAAGAUGAUGUACGUAAUAAACGAGAAACUAGAAAUAUAUUGAACAAUGCAAAUGGUAAAGAUGAAUAUGAAGACGAUAGUUCUGACGAAGAAGAUAUUCGUAAUACAGUUGGAAAUAUACCAAUGAAGUGGUAUGACGAAUAUGAUCAUGUUGGGUAUGAUUGGGAAGGCAAAAAGAUUCCUAAACCUGAAAAAGGUGAUGAAUUAGAUAAUUUUCUGAAGAGAAUGGAGGAUCCCGACUUUUGGAGAACUAUAAAAGAUCCUCAAACUGGUCGGGAUAUUGUACUGAGCGAAGCAGAUAUAGAUCUAAUUGUGAGAAUUCAAAAGCAGAAAGUUCCCGAUAUUCAAUUUGAUGAAUAUGCGCCAUGGGUAGAUUGGUUUACUUCUGAGGUAAUGAAAACGCCACUUCGCAAAUUUCCAGAGCACAAACGCUCUUUCUUACCAUCUAAGAAUGAAGCUAGAAAAGUAUCAAAAUUAGUGCAUGCUCUCAAGAUGGGUUGGAUCAAAUCUACCGCCGAAAUGCAAAAGGAAAGAAAAAAGAGUCAAGGGCCACAGUUCUACAUGCUGUGGCAAUCCGACGAUCAGGCAGAGGAAAUGCGUAGAAUUCAUAAGCAUAUUCCUGCACCUAAGAGACAUUUACCUGGCCACGCAGAGAGCUACAAUCCUCCACCAGAAUAUUUGUUUGAUAAUAAAGAACUUAAAGAAUGGAAUAAAUUGAAGGUCACUCCGUGGAAAAGGAAAUUACAUUUUAUACCACAGAAAUUCAAUUCUCUUCGAGAAGUGCCUGCAUAUUCAAGAUAUAUCAAAGAAAGAUUUCAGAGGUGUAUAGAUCUGUAUUUGUGUACUAGAUCAUUAAAGAUGAAAUUAACGAUAGAGCCAGAAGUUUUGGUUCCACAAUUACCAAGUCCAAAGGACUUGCAACCAUUUCCAACAACAAUGUUUAUGGUAUUUAAAGGGCAUACAGAUAUGAUUAGAAGUAUUACUGCAGAACCAGAGGGUCAGUUUAUUGCAUCUGGUGGAGAUGAUAUGUUAUUAAAGAUUUGGGAAGUGAACACAGGCAGAUGCUUGAAAACAAUACCUUGUGGCGGUGUCAUUCGAAGUGUUGCCUGGCGUCCAAAUCAAGCUAUGUCGUUAAUAGCUGUUGCAGCUGAUAAAAAAGUACUUUUGAUAAAUCCUGGCGUUGGAGAUAAUCUUAUUACCAGCAAAACUGAUCAACUUCUGGAGAUAAUACCACAAAGUGAAAUAAUAGUGAGUGACAGGGUGCAAUGUGCAGUACAAUGGGAGCAAGUGGAUGGUGAACAUUGGAGCAAUGGAAUUAGGAUAAUUCUAAAUCAUUUUAAAACUGUAAAACAAGUAACAUGGCAUGGAAAAGGAGAUUAUUUUGCUACUGUCAUGCCAGAUGGUCAGAAUAGAUCAGUUUUGAUAAAUCAGUUAUCAAAACGAAGGUCUCAAUUACCUUUUAAUAAAUCGAAAGGAUUAAUACAGUGUGUACUGUUUCAUCCGAUUAGACCAUAUUUAUUUGUUGCGACACAAAGAAACGUAAGAAUAUAUGAUCUUGUGCAACAAGUAAUGGUAAAAAAGUUAUUAUCAAAUUCACAAUGGAUAUCAUCAAUGGAUAUUCACCCAGGGGGUGAUAAUGUUUUAGUAGGAACGUACGAUCGCAAAAUGCUUUGGUUCGAUUUAGAUUUCAGUAAAGAACCUUAUCAAACAUUGCGAUUGCAUGGAACUGGCGUCCGCGCUGUAGCAUUUCAUAAACGAUAUCCACUGUUUGCUUCUGGAGCUGACGAUAGGGCGCUAAUUGUGUCUCAUGGAAUGGUAUACAAUGAUCUUUUACAAAAUCCGUUAAUUGUGCCAUUAAAAAGAUUGUGUAAUCAUGAAUCAUAUAAUGAUUUUGGCAUUUUGGAUGUCAUGUUUCAUCCUAUUGAACCAUGGAUAUUUUCUGCUGGUGCAGAUUUUACUAUACGAAUGUAUACUUAAAUAAAUACAUAUAAUGUUUAGAAUAGGUCA